CCGAAGCGACUUACAUCGUGGCGCUAGUGACGUAUCGUUCCGUGUGUCUCACGGAUGUGUGUCCGUUCGUCGUCGUCGCGGACGUAUUUGCCGUAGAAAAUGAACGUGAUCGCGAGGUCGACGGCCGUCGCGCCGUUCCUGCGAGCGACGGCGACCGUCGUCUCGAACGGAGGGUUGCCCGUGGCCUCGACCGGUAAGGUUCACAAGCCAAAGAUUGAUGUUCCUCGUCCCUUCAAUCGCAUACUCCAGCAGACCAUGCAUCAGGAUUUUCUUACCGGACCUACGUGCAUAAGCUCGGGGAUCGCAGUUAGCACGCGAGUGUAUCAACGACGUUUGGCACAUACUGAUAUUCAGUAUCCUGAUUUUUCUGAUUAUCGCCAAGACGAAGUAAGAGAGUCACAUGUAAAGUCGAAAGAAAGCGCACCAUCGCGAAAGGGUUUCUCCUACCUUAUUGCAGCUGGUGGUUCUGUGGUAGGAGUCUACAGUGCGAAAGUGAUAGUACACGAUCUCGUUGGGAUGCUGAGUGCAUCGGCCGACGUACUCGCCAUGUCAAAGAUCGAGAUAAAGCUCGACAGUAUUCCCGAGGGCAAGAGUGCUGUCUUCAAAUGGCGCGGAAAGCCUCUGUUCGUGCGACAUAGAAGUGACUCAGAAAUCGCGACGGAAAACAAAGUGGACGUUGCGAGUCUUCGUGAUCCGGAAGAAGACAGCGCUCGCGUGAAAGAUCCCAAGUGGUUGGUCGUCCUAGGCGUAUGCACACACUUGGGAUGCGUGCCCAUCGCUAACGCGGGUGAUUUCGGUGGUUACUAUUGCCCGUGUCACGGGUCUCAUUACGACGCCAGCGGUAGGAUUAGGAAAGGGCCAGCUCCGUUGAACCUCGAAGUACCACCGUACGAUUUCAUCGAUAACAUGCUCGUCGUUGGUUAAUGACUAUUCAAUACCUGUAGUCAGUUAAUAAAAUAAUUUAUGAUAGGAUACUCCGUGGACACAUGCCUGUGACACCUGUCCAUUUCCACCGUCGCGGAAAAAUUGAGCCUUGUUUUGUAUAUUUCUCGAAACACACACCAACAAAUUGGAGAGCUAUCGUUCAAACAUUGCGUGUACAGCGGCCGUUGUACCGAAUUUAGAAUAAAUGUUAAAUAAAUGAAAAUCUUGAUAAA